UACUGAAAGAAGAAUCAACUGAUACGGAAUGGCAGCCCUCCUGCUCGCGCUCCUGCUGACUUGCUUUGCCAAGCUAGAGGGCAGCCAAGAUCUACUCAAGCCAGGACCAGAAUCCGGGGUGAUGCUGAGAGACUCUUCCGGCUUCCUAGUGACCGAAACGAAAAUAAUAACCCAACAAGUCUAUGUUUCCUUGGAACCUGCCGUAGUAAUAGAGAAACACUUCGGGAAGAUACCACCCUCAGCUACCAGAGCAACCCUAAUCUGGUACCACGACUUCCUAAGAUACAGUGAACUGAAUAUCGGAACGAUCCUGAAACAAUUACAAAGAACCAUGAUACUUCCCCCCACCACUCCCAACACCACACGCCCCAAGAGAUCGAUUGGCCUGGGAGGGGCCUUCGGAAUACUCUCCGGCCUUAGCUCCUUAAUCACACUAGGAGUAUCCAUAUCCAACGCCGUGAAGAUUGGACACCUCACACAAGGCGUCGAGAAUUUACAGCUUGAUAUGCGUCAAAUCCGUCGGCAAAUCCAACACCAACAAAAUAAUCUGAUCGAAAUGGGAUCUACCCUCAGAGACACCGUAGUUCUUGUUAACCUGCAUUCCGCCAUGAUUAACUUAACAAUUCAAGAAUUGGGUUUCGCAAUCCAAGACCUAUACGAAGAAGAGAGUACUCGACAGCCAAUUCAAUGGUUGAUCCAAGACUGGUUGCGUAGCACCAGCGGCAGCAUCAGUGAUCUUAUCCAAGGACAAAUCCCUUCAUAUCUGGUAACUCCAACACUGAUAAAGAAUGUGCUGCAAGCAGCAUCCCCAGAAACGAUCAGUCCAACACAAGUACAAAUUGCCUUUAACAUGGGUACAGCCACACCCAUACAUGUAGACCCCCAAACCAGACAGCUGGCAUUCCUGUUAAAUUUACCACUGGUUAAACCCGGAAAUGUAUUUCGAUUGCGGACAGUAUUGAACGUGGGUACAUGGAAUAAUGACAUUUACUCCAAGAUGGAAACCCCCUUAGUGGUGGCCUACCAGGAAGAGGGUCCCCUUAAGUACCUAGUGCCUGACCUCAACAUGUGCCAAAUAAUGAAAGAAGUUCACUGGCUCUGCCCAGGGGAGCCAUUCCUAAUCAAUACAGCAGAAAUAAUGUGCGGUCUGUCAAACCUAAGCUCUAGGGAAACGUGCAAGUUCAAGUUAAGUAAACCCAAAGAAAAAACCGAAACAGUAGCCAUGAUAGCCGAUGCUCAGUGGUUAGUAAGCACCCCUCUAGAUACGGCAACCGUUUCCACGGACCAACACUCCGUAACCAUGAAAGUGCCGAUUCCAAGCCACGUCGCACUGGUCACAGUACCAAGAGGAACAUUCGUACACAUAGGGGACAAGGUAUUAUAUAAUUUAGACAAAAGCCUACAUCAAGCAGAAGUAGAAGUAGUAAACACCCUCCGAAGCCACAAGUUUGAAAUAAGCAGCACUCUGUCUAACCUGUUGAACAGCAAGGAAUUUCAUACAGUGAAAUUAGCCAUCAGCGAGUCAGAGAUCAACGUAACAGACCUAACUUGGGCAACCGAAGAAGCCGGAUAUCAGAGGAAUAAACAGAUGGGACUGGGAAUCACAGGGGCAACAGGAAUGAUCGUAUUAACCAUGGCUAUCCUAACCCUAGCAUACCAUAUGGCCAAAAUGAAUGCCGAACUUAAGAGACUAAUCGCGGGUACAAGCCACAUACCAUUCGAGCCCAGGAACAAAGGUAGAGUCAAGGCCUGACAACCCCCCCCCCCAAAAAAAAAAAAAAAAAAAAAAAAAAAAAAAAUUCAAUCAACAACUUCCCCUAUAACAUGUAGUCAGUAGAAUACUUCCUUAUCUUAUA